GUGUCUGACCUCUCGCCCAGGAGGUCAAACCUGGAGCCAGCAUUUCUGUACCCUGCGCUCACACCUUUUUCAACCCGGAUGGCGGUGACAGUUAAUACUUUCUGAGCGCUUUUACUAUGGUCAGGCAUUAUAUUUACACCUAGUCCUCGCAAGACCCUACUGGGAAGGUCAUUUGAGAGGAGCAAUUCCGGGUCACAAAGGCUAACACCACAAAGCUAGUCCAUGGCCGGUUCGACCACAGGCACCCAUACUUUUUAAGCCUCAAUGGCACAACCAGGUGCGCGGGAAGCGGGCUGCAAACGCCGAGAGUUUUGUCCCGAGCGCAGACAUGCGCGGUUACCGGGCAACCAGCGGGCCCCGCCCCCCGGCCGGCUACGGCGCUCCCAGCCUGCCCCGCGCCGCGCGGCGCCGGAAGUGAGUGAGCAUUUCCGGCAGCCAUCCCCGCGGGGCUGACAUCCCGGUUUUUCAUCUGUGCCGGGGGUCUUCCUGCUGUCAUGAAGGACGUACCGGGCUUCCUACAGCAGAGCCAGAGCUCCGGGCCCGGACAGCCCGCUGUGUGGCACCGUCUGGAGGAACUCUACACGAAGAAGUUGUGGCAUCAGCUGACACUUCAGGUGCUUGAUUUUGUGCAGGAUCCGUGCUUCGCCCAAGGAGAUGGUCUCAUUAAGCUUUAUGAAAACUUUAUCAGUGAAUUUGAACACAGGGUGAAUCCUUUGUCCCUGGUAGAAAUCAUUCUUCAUGUAGUUAGACAGAUGACUGAUCCUAAUGUGGCUCUUACUUUCCUGGAAAAGACUCGUGAGAAGGUGAAAAGUAGUGAUGAGGCAGUGAUCCUGUGUAAAACAGCAAUUGGAGCUCUAAAAUUAAACAUCGGGGACCUACAGGUUACAAAGGAAACAAUUGAAGAUGUUGAAGAAAUGCUCAACAACCUUCCUGGUGUGACGUCGGUUCACAGUCGUUUCUAUGAUCUCUCCAGUAAAUACUAUCAAACAGUCGGAAACCACGCAUCCUACUACAAAGAUGCUCUGCGGUUUUUGGGCUGUGUUGACAUCAAGGAUCUACCAGGUAACCUAGCAUCCCCACAGCUCAUGCACCCUGUGCUGGAGUCCCUGCGGAACACUGACCGGCAGUGGCUGAUUGACACCCUCUAUGCCUUCAACAGUGGCAACGUAGAGAGGUUCCAGACUCUGAAGACUGCCUGGGGCCAGCAGCCUGAUUUAGCAGCUAACGAAGCCCAGCUUCUGAGGAAAAUUCAGUUGUUGUGCCUCAUGGAGAUGACUUUCACACGACCUGCCAAUCACAGACAACUUACUUUUGAAGAAAUUGCCAAAAGUGCUAAAAUCACAGUGAAUGAGGUGGAGCUCCUGGUGAUGAAGGCCCUUUCGGUGGGGCUGGUGAAAGGCAGCAUAGACGAGGUGGACAGACGCGUCCACAUGACCUGGGUGCAGCCCCGAGUGCUGGAUUUGCAGCAGAUCAAGGGAAUGAAGGACCGCCUGGAGUUCUGGUGCACGGAUGUGAAGAGCAUGGAGAUGCUGGUGGAGCACCAGGCCCAUGACAUCCUUACCUAGGGCCCCCCGGUCCCCUGUCGUGUCUCCUUUGACCACCUGAGAGAGGCGUUUGCAGCCGAUGAAGCUGGCUGCUCAGACGGUCGACAUUGAAUUUGGGUAGGGGUUGGGAUCCUGUCUGAAGUACAGACUGUUCUUGCUCUGAAAACAGGACUGUCCCUGUUGGGGGCCAGGCCACAGGGAGAAGGCUUCUUUGUGGGUCUCUCCUGCAGUGGGUGGGGGUCUCUGGGUCUUAGGUGAUAAGGGAGAGAGAGAACGCGUGAGGCAGGAAGUCCCCUAAAGUCCAUGUACUCCAAGGUUGAUCUCCAUCCCCAUCCACCUGUACGGACAUCUUUUCCAUUGUGGUUUGAGAAUGUUCCUAUAAUAAACACCUCUGCUUUGUUCUU